AUGGGAUGUGGGGAUGUGAUUGAGACAAAGAGCGCUGCUCAUUUCGGUCCAGGGUCAGGGCCUGUAUGGAUAAGUGAUUUACAAUGUUCCAACACUGACUCAAGACUAAGAGAUUGUAAAUCAAGUGGAUGGGGAAGAGGCAGCUGUGGACAUGAGAAAGAUGCAGGAGUCAUCUGUAAGGAUAACGUUAGGCUGGUCAGCACCACCAACCCCUGUUCUGGACGAGUGGAGGUUCUUCUUGCCGGUCAGUGGGGAACAGUGUGUGAUGUUGGAUGGGAUGCAUCAGAUGCUGCAGUGGUGUGUAGACAACUGGGCUGUGGGACAGUUUUGGAAGUAAAGAGUGCUGCCUAUUUUGGAAUGGGUUCAGGAACGGUUUGGAUGAAUAAUGUAAAGUGUUCUGGGAAUGAGCCUUCUUUGAUGAGCUGUUCAUAUAAUGCAAUUCCAAACAGAUGUGGCCAUGAGAAAGAUGCCGGAAUCAUUUGUGGAUCUGUUAAAGUCACGUUGAGGGUUGAAGUGAAGGCUAGGAAUGGAGUCGACCCAAAUGCUGCAGGAAUCAUAGAUAGACUUUCAGAGGAGAUUGGGAAGAAGCUACAAAUCAAUGGGAAUUUCUCACUGAAAACUUGGACAGAUGGAAAAAUCUUCCAUGAGAGAAUAGGAGCUGCACCCUGACAAAUUGGUCAUUUCUGGAAUACAGAGAAGAAAAUAAGCAAACUCUAUGUAAAAGGAAAUUCUACAUCCAUUUUUCAGUCUGACGUUUUAUAAAUGAAAUUAAUAUUUAUCUAACACAUUUUUCC